AUGCUGCUGCUCACAAGAGCCCGGUAGGUUUCUUCUAGUAUUGUGCUAAUAAGAAGUAGACGACUGUUUCUGUUCGUGUUGAAGUUAUUUUGGAUUUUAAGUUAAAGUGUAAUUUCGCAAAAUGACUAUAAUUACCAGUUAAUUACUUUGCAGAAGUUGCUGUCCUCUGUGGAGGUCCUGAAAUUGUGGUUGGUUGGUGGUUAAUUUUGUACCCAGAAAAUGAUAUUUCUAGUGGCUGACGCACUUAUCUAAGUACAACUUUUUCUAAUUAGCUUCCAGCUUCCCUUUUUGAUCCUCUCUCCGCACCAGACCUCCCAUUAUGAUCCAGAAAAACAUGUAGCUGGUUUGCUGGUUUCCCCACAGUCAGUGAUUAUCUCUUUGCAGCCAUUGUAAAUCAUGGUAUUUUGUUUUCACACAAGUUAGCAUGAAGUUUCCCAUCAGAAUAAAAGAAAGGAGGAAAAAGAAACUUAAACUGGCCGACCAUUUUUACAUUUAUCCCAGACAAAAGAACUCAAUAUUUUUUAUAUUUUUCUCAUUGAUUCAAGUGUGACCGAUUUAAAGCUCCUUGACUUUAUCCCUGUGCCCUACAGGACACUCAAGAAGCUACUUUUUGUCUCAAAGUGCACAUUUUGCCUUUUCUCCUCCUUUCUUUCACCUCAGUGCUCAGGUAGAUAACAUUAAUGGAUAGGUAGAGAGAUGCUCUGAAAAUGGGCACACUUUAAUUUGAUGGUCCAGAGGAUUUACUAUUGACCAGUGGAGCGAUUCAAACUCAGUGCACUGAUAUCAUUUUCUGGUUUAUUCUGUCCUCACAUUUGGAAGAAUAGUUGGAUUUCUUGAUUCUCGAGGAUUUGUUGCAUCUUUACAGACCUCAUCUCUUGUUGACACUUGGUAUCUAAGGAGCAACUUCUUAUUUUGUUGUUGGUAGUUUUUAAAUAGAUUUGCUGGACUGUUGUGUCAUAUAAUAAACAGUUUCAUGGUUGAGAGACCUUUUAAAACUGCUAAUUAAAAGCUGGUAUGAAUUAAGUGAAAAGAAAACCUGCACUCAUUAUGAUUACAAGGCAAAUAAAAAAGGGACCAUAAAUAGAAAAUGGAAAAAUCACUUUUACAGAAAGACAUCUAUUACAAAUUUGUAGCCUGAUUGACUGAUCUGGUUUUGAUAGCAGGAUAACCCACAGAUUAUGGAUCAUUUUACUUAACCGUGUUAUUCUGAAGUUGAUGUAAUUUUGAAGAUAUUAUGCUCUCCUAUUUUAGAGUCAGAAACUAUUUAACCAUUAAACUGAUGAAGCCAUAAUAAUUUUAUACUGCAUAUGGUGUCAAACAUUUUAAUGAGCUUUAAAUUUGCUAGAGUCUGAUUGUAUAUUCCUUCUGUCAACCUUUAAGUAGUAUAAUGGUGACUCUGCAUUCAGAAAAAGUUAAAGACAUCAAACUAGAAACAAUCCCAGGAUCUGAUAAGACAACAGAGUAGAUUUUAAGUAUUAGAAGUUUUGAAUAUUUACAGAUCUCGAUAUGAGCUUCCUCGAUUUAUGGUCGUAAUAUCUCUAAAACAAAAAGCAGGUUAGAUCGCCAGGCUUGUUUUCUGUGGGGUGUGAAAGUGAUGAGUCUAAGGAGAACAGAGCACACCUGAACACAGUCAGAAUCCAGGAAUAGAUGAAUAAAUUGUCUCUUUGUUUUUUCCGUGACAGCACAGAGGAAAUUCACUACAAAGUGUCCCUGCAGGUUUAGAUCAGGCUUGUGUGCACAGGCUGCGGUCAGGCCACAGACUUUCUGAGUCAGGUCUGAGAGCUGGGAUUUGUUUGAAACAGACACGACUCGUUCCCAGGAUCAUUGGUGGUCCUGGUUGGUGUCUAGAUCAGUGGGUGGCUUUUCCAAAUGGGUCAUCAUGAUGAGAGAUAGAACAGUUGGAUCUUGGGAGUCCUCUGCACAGAUCUGGAUCUCGGACAGUGAUCUCAUUCGCAGUGGGAAGCCGAGAAGUUUGUUUCCUAUUAUGCAAAUCGGAUUUACACAUAAGUCGUGUUAAGAGCAGUAAAAAGUGGAGCCUUGUCAGGUCAUAACUAGGGUUGCAAAAUUCUAGGAAUUUUCAAAGUUGGAAACUUUCCAUGGAAAUUAACGGGAAUAUAUGGGAAUUAACGAGAAUUAAUGGGAAUAAAUCUGAAACCUUUUAAGGUUGGUCCUCAACAGUGAAGUUAAAUAUAGUUGGGGAAAAUAUAUUGUAGUAUAAUCUUGGCUAAAACAACCAGAUUUAAUGCAAGUACACUCCUCAAUCACAUGCACACAGCACACUGCUUACUGCAGGGCUAUUGAAGCCACACCCCCUACAUGUACUGUGGCGGGAGGGGGGCUCUUUUCAUUUAACAUUUUAAGUGAAACUUUUUUUUUUCAUGUUUUUGUUGUUCAUUAAAAUAAUUGAUUGUUCAUACAAGAAUUAAAACUAAAAUUCUAAUCAAAUAAAUCUGUUGAAAUGUCAUGUUUUUGAAUUGUAUUAUUUUGCAUGGAUGUCUGCUUAUGACAGAACAACAAUAUUUACAUUUAUGUUUGGAUGUGAUACAGUUUGUUUAAAUGAUACCCAGUGAAUUCCCAUAAAUUCCCAUAAAUUCCCAUGGAAAGUUUACAAUUUAGAAUAUUUCCAGAAUCCCCCAGCUUAACUUCCCAUGGAAAGUUUCUGGAAAUUUACCAAAACAUUUUCCUGAAAUUUUCUGCCCCUUUGCAACCCUAGUCAUAACUGUGCAUUGUGUAUACAUUCGCCCUCUAUCCCAUAACUUUGCCUUUGUGAACAUUUAUAGCUACUUACUCACCGGUGUAUCUGAGCAGUACACCUCUAACACACUGGUGGGCAGCAAGUCCCUCAAGCCAGUACUUGUACUUUCUUAUACCAUGUAAAUGUGAAUGUGAACAGAAAGUACCAUCAUAUCUGAGUAGACCAAAGCACUCUAGUGGAGAUGAGUCAAAUUAAGCAGGAACCUUAAUCUGGGAUCAGAAGUAUCUUGAAGGAUUUUGAAUCCUGUGUCUGAAAUUUUGGACAUAUAAAUUUGUGUCUUGUCUUUGGCUUUAUGUUGCUGGAACUUAGUCAAAGUCAGCCUUUCCAAUAUGGUGACCGCUAUGUCCUCUCUCACCCCUCAUUGAAGUGAAGAAGCAGGGGAAGCAGACCUCUCCUCCGAGCCCUAACAGGCUCGUUGCCCUGGCUCUGCUUUCCUUGAUAUCUACUCCUCUCUCUUGUUGUCUUUUCUUGUCUUUUUUGGUGCUAGCAUGUCGAGCGGGCUGUUUACAGGACAUCAGAGCCAGUUGUCAAGCCUCCUGAGGUGUUGUGGGCAUGACUUGACAAAACACCAGAGACAAGAGGUGCCAACAUGGUAACCUUAGCGAUGUGCUGGCUCUCAGCGCCCAACUUUCCCCAACUGUCUUCAUGCUUGGGUGUUAAAAGAUGUUAGGGACGGUCUUAUGUAACUUGUGGGCAAAGCAAAAAUAUGGGGGUAAAGGCGUAAUGAGAUGAGCUUCUUCACUGGGUACAACUCAGAUCCUUUUUAUUGUAUCAAAGCUAUCAGCUAUCAUACAAGACAAGUAGAGGAUUGAAGCCACAUCACUCAUUUGGAUGUAGACUUGGACCCAUCUUUAAAUAAGAAAAGAAAAUCCCCUCUGUUAUCUGACUCAUUUCUGCCAAAUCCUGCUCAAGCCUGACAGUGUGUUAAGCUUACAUCAGUCAUCAUCAACCAGAGUCUUUGCAUGUCCAACCAGGCCAAUCUGGCAUCAGGAGUUUUGUUCUGGGUUUUAGGGGAGACAGGGUUUGCCUGAAUUGACCUUGAUGCAGAGAACUGCAGAGGCUUAUCAUACGAUGAAGUGAGCGAGCUUUUCAGUCACCGGAGCGACACAGACAGGAAUCUCAGCAUCAGUGCCAUGUUUACUUAGCUUUUUGCAGUAAAAAAAAUCAUUCAUCAAUGUUGAUUUUUCCAGCUUAAUGAGGAGAAAGUUACUCCUUUGCCUUUUGCUGUACUCCUGCAGGGAGUGACUGGAUUUGUUCUGCUAGUGGAUAAUGCAUUAGCUGCAGUUUUAGACCUGUAAAUGCAGUUGGUAGCAUUGAUUUUUAUCUGGACUUUUCCUCGUCGUUACUCUCGUUAAAAGAAAAGAGCCGCUGCUAGAACAAUGAUGCCAAAGGCGGACGUGGAAAUUAGAUUUCAAUAAGCUGAAUAGUCAGCAGCAAGUAGGAUUUUCUCCCUUGCCAUCAAUCUGGCUGCACAAAGUCACAUCACUCCCACAACAUUUUGAACAGUGUUCAGUGUCUUAACGCGGCUCUUUCUGUACAAAGAGCUGCUCCAGAACGAUUCUUGGUGGUUGAAAACUUCCUCCUUCCAGCCCUGAAAAGAGCCAGAGAAAAGGAAAAAGAAAAAGCAGAGCAAGUGUGCCAGUGCCCUGUCCUUUAAUUUUCCCUCGAGGCCCUUUGUGAAGGGAGUUGGUAUGAAGUGAAAGCACAGUGUGCAGCUGUCCUCCUGGCCCACUGCUCGCUUUCUGUGAGGCGUUUUCUUGUCAAGAAUACUAAUAGUGAUAGCAGCCCGUGUGGAGUCCACCCAGCUGGCGAGGAAACAGACAGCAGUUUUAUUCUGCUGUCAAAGAAGGCUUUUUUUUAAGUUGACACAAGUUAGCCAGCUUCGUUUGAGCCGAGUCAUACCAGGGAUGUGUCUGAUAUAAAACUGUAGAGCUCGCCGGGUUAACUAGGGGCUUAUUUCUGGAUCGGACCAUGUUAAGAUUUAAUGUUUUUACUUUAUACUCAAACUCCACCUUGGCCGCACAUGUACAAGUGCGUGUUUGAGGGUCUCUUUAUUAAACUUCAUCCUGGUAGAAAGAAUUGAAGCUCUCACACAACUCUUCUUCUGUAUUUAGCUCUGUUUCUUUUCUCUUUUCAACAUUAGCCCAUCAAGAGAGCCAUUCACAAACUCAGAGCAUCUCCCCAUCAGCAACAAACAAAACUCUAUGAACUGUCAUAGUCCGCAAUCUAUAACUAAUUAACCCAUUUCAAGGUUCAAAUUAAUAAUGCUCCAACUUAUCUCUCCUUAACGCCAAUGUUUAAAAGGGAAAUAUUGUACUUUUAUGGUCGUGUAUUAAAUAAGAGGCAUUAUUGGUGAAUAUAUGACAUAUCAAACAUUUGAGGUUUAUAACCCAUUAAAGUUCAAAGGUUCUACUUCAACCCCGUCUACCAAAAAGUGCCUCUUCAUAUUAAUGCGUCUAGUAUUUCUAUUGUUAUAUUACUAAUAAUUUCAUAAAACAGAGACACCUCACACAUUACUAUUUUCUAAAUCCCCUCUAAAAUUUAGGAUUAUUCAGGUAACAAUCAUUAAUGACACAAACACAAAAAAAAGGACACAGACUAGAUUUUAUUAAAACUUUACAAGACGUGGAUAAUCAUCAAUUAUUACAGAUUUUAUAAAUGUGAAAGCAUGGACUCACAAACUUUACACAUACUGAAAAACUUUGAUGAAUUCUACCCCGACUUCAUCAGUCCUGAAAAGUAAUCAGGAUCCAGAGCGCUGCUUUUUAAUAAUGAAUGAACGUUUGCAGCUUCAUCACGGCCCCGUCAGGAGGUUGUGUGAGGUCACUGUGAGCGCUGCCAUGCCUGCUGGGUUAAUGACAGGGCCAGGCUGGUGACGGAGAGCUGGCAGGACGCCGCGGGGCUGAGACGCUGUGUCAUUAGCUCCCGGAGGUGAUGAAUGGUUUGUGGUCAGAAGUCUGCGCUCCACGCUUCCCUCUGAAAACCAGAGAAGCUGCUCUUUUAUGCUCCACUGUCAAGCUCUCAGUUACGUGUUUUUUUUUUCAGUAUCUCAUGGGACUUGUGUGUAGGGUUUUACAUUCUUUCGUUCAUUCUUUUCCGAGGGUUUGGUCUUCAGUUGUUAAAAAUAUGCUGAGAAAUGUUUGUUGUUUCCAAACGUGCCUUUUUUUAUCUAUUCUGAGGCGGCCUCCUUGACACCAAAAAACCAGACCUGUAGGCUAAUUUUGGCUCAUUUGCUGUUAUUUUCUUCUAUUGAUCAGACAGCAUUGUUCUUGUCAAAUGUACUAACAGAAUGAAAAAGGCUGCUCUGACCCAUUUAUCAGUAAUAGAAAAAGUCUAAACACUAAAAAAGACCUCUAAUUCGAAUACAGGGUUCCAGUCCAGGGUUGAAAUACUUCUAAUGAAUCUUAAUGACACUUUGCGUAGAUAUUCAUGGUCUUCAGAGGAGGAACUCUCAACACAUCAUACAACUUUGGUUUUAUCCUCAAGUUUCCUCUCAGAUAUCUCAAAAUCUCGAGGACAGAAAACCAUAAAAAUUGGCACAGACUUUCAUGUAACUCUGGGCAGCAUUUAUCUCCAAGCACUGCUGUGACAAAUUUGCUAUAGCAUGGCUGUAGUCUCCUAUCUUGUUCUAAUAAUAUCGUCUCCCACAGGCAUUUUUGGGUGAACUUGUUUGCUCUUAUUUGCAAGGCAUGUCGUUCUUCUCCUGAAGUAACCUUGAGUUUUAAAUCCCAUCAUUUUUGUGCAGUUGUCUUGUCUUUCCCAUAACUUGAUUAUUUUCUUACAUUGUGUAUUCAAAGUAUUUUUUGCUGUUUUAUUCUGCUCUUAAAUGGACAUUAUAAACUUCUAAUCAUUAAGAUUUUAUCACUUUUGAGGAAGAAGGGCCUCAAAAAGUAAGAAAUACUUGGUAGUGUUGGUCUAUCUCUUCAAACACGUGCAAAACUGUAACUAAAGGGGAUGUUAUUGUAAAGUAACACAAAGGUGUGCAAGCUGUGACCUUUCUUAUGGUAAGAAAUCAAUUGGCUAGAUCAGUGGAGCAUGUCAUCUGACCAGCUGAACCAGCACAUUACAUGGCCUCCGGUAUCAACAGUCGCUCUGCCCAUUAACGGUUAAACAUGUGUGAAAUUGGAAACUUGAAAUGGCCAGGAGGAAAAAUAACCCGUUGGUUAACUUUUAAAUAUAUCAGUCUUUUUAACGGUCUUCCUCUUUAUCUCCACAGACAUGUCCAAGUACUUCCUCUUCUCAUAGCCGUCUGUCGUCUCACGCUGGCCUUCCCGACUCAAACUCCGUCCACAUUUGGUAUGAGGGUGUUUUCUCUCCUCUUCAGUCACAUUCAGUUAAGAACAAAGAGGACAAAGUGUUUAAAGUACAGCCGUGAUUCACUGAUGUCAGCAACUGUUCUUCACGCUCUGUGUCCUUUAUGUUCUGCAGACGAUGCUCAGCAGCUCCAGGUGAACAUCCCCCACUCAGGUCUCCUAACAGCCCCACUGGGCAGCUCCAUCUCCAUCCCCUGCCUGGUGUCUCUCUCCUCCACACCCACCAUCUCCUCCACCUCUUCCUACCCUCCCUCUCCCUUCCCACGGGUCAAAUGGACGGUGGUGUCUGGCGAGAAGGAGAAGGAGAUCUUUGUGGCAAGGGGUCAAAGGAUUAGGGUGAAUGAAGCGUACAGAGACCGCGCUGCCUGGCUCAACUACACGUCCUUUCCUGAUGAUCCGUCUCUGUGGCUGGGAGAUUUACGCUCAAGUGACUCGGGUCACUAUCGCUGCGAGGUGCAGCAGGGUCUGGAGGACGCUAGCGACGUCGUACAACUCCAAGUCAAAGGUAACCAAAUGAAAGACUGAAGUUCAUCAAGUUCAAUCAUGGCAGGAGUUUUGAAGAUUCUUCAUGCAGAUGGAUAAAAUUUGCCAUGAAUCAACAUGAACUUAUUUUUGCACCAUAUUGUAUGAAGUGAUGCUGGACAACAUCCAUUUGGGAUUUACAUGUAAUAAAAUACUUUAAUGCUUUUGGGGCUGAAGGGAAUACACUAAUUUAAAUAAUAUAACACUAUUACACUAAGAAAUAUAUAUACUAAGCUUCUUGUUCAUUGAUUUAGAUUUUUGGCAAAUAAACUAAAUUAACUCAAUAUCUUGGAGCAUAUUUUGCCUAAACAUUUUUGAUUUUUUUUUUACUAUCUUGAAAUUUUUUUUCUAAAUUGUCAUUUAAUUUUUUGUGUGAUUUUUGUUUGUUUGUUGUAAAAUAAUCUCUCUCAUAUCAUACAAUAUCCAGAACUUUUUCUUUACAUAUUAUCCAUCUCCUUUAGAUUUAUUUUAUUGGAUUUAUUUUGUUUUAUCUUAUUUUAUUUAUUUUCUUAUUUUUAUUUAAUUUUUUUCAUUUAACCACUUUCAUAUCAUAGAAUAUCCUGAUUUUUAUCUCCAGUUUUUACCUCUACUGCCUGACUCCAUCGUUUGUUUGUUUGUUUGUUUGUUUGUUUGUUUGUUUGUUUGUUUGUUUGUUUGUUUCUUUGUUUCUUUGUUUCUUUGUUUGUUUGUUUGUUUGUUUGUUUGUUUGUUGUACGCUUGCCUGAAUUCAUCAUUGUACUUGCGAGUUAUAAAUUUAGGAUUAAAAAUGCAUCUCAAUUAAUGGUUUAAUGCUCUAAACAAGCCUCUAAAUACUGAUGAAUAAUUAGCAAUCUCCAUAACAACCAGGAGUACUGAUGAGUCCAUUGUGAUAUAACUGUGUUUACCUGUGUGUUUUUCUUUGGUUGUUCAGGUGUUGUGUUCCACUACAGAGACGCUCUGGGUCGUUAUGCGUUUUCCUUCUCUCAGGCUCAGAGCGCUUGUGAAGCCAUCGGGGCUCAAAUCGCCACUCCCGACCAGCUGCUGGCGGCUUAUUAUGAUGGCUAUGAGCAGUGUGAUGCAGGCUGGCUGGCUGAUCAGUCUGUCAGGUGACUGAUGACCUCUUCAUCUGUUAGUUUUAACUCUCACUUAAAGCUACGCAGUGCCGUCAAUCUGUGAGGCCCUCAGAUUUACGCUGAGACCGUUGCUCAUGUUAGUCAGAGGUGCUCCUGGUAGCUUUAGAAAGAACAGGAUAAUUAUAAACACAACAUUUACAGAGCUACAAGAUUGUGCUUCUUCUUUUAAAGGUACCCAAUCCAGGUGCCCCGUGAGGGUUGUUAUGGCGACAUGGACGGCAAACCAGGAGUGAGAAACUACGGCACAAUGGAUCCAGAUGAUUUAUACGAUGUUUACUGUUACGUGGAAGACAUUGAGGGUACAACGAUUAUACCUAUUUCUAUCAUCUUUGGUGAAUUGUUUUGAGCAAAUACAGAGAUUAAAACCACAUUUUUCAAAUUUAUGAUAUUUAUCAGAUUUCCUUUUUAUUCGUCACUUUAAGAAUAAGGUCAUUCAAGGGCAUUUUACAGUUGAAAAGUUUACUCAGUGCCCUCUAGAGAUCAACCUUGGUAAACAUGCUUCAAAAAGAACUCAGUCGCAUCUUUAUUGGUAAUAAUUUGCCACAUACAUCACUUCAUGUGUUUAUCCACAUGGUCAGUGUAAAACUGAAGCCAUCUUGUGUUCACAGGGGUGGUGUUUCAUGACCCCAACCCACAGCAGCUGACCUUCGAUGAAGCUCAGUCUUACUGUAGAGCGGCUGGAGCAGAGCUGGCUACGACAGCACAGCUCUACUCUGCAUGGAGUGAAGGUCUGGACCGUUGCAGCCCCGGCUGGCUGUCUGACGGCAGUGUGCGUUACCCUAUCAUCAGCCCUAGAGAGCGCUGUGGAGGGUCUCAGGCCGGUGUAAAAACUGUUUACCGCUUCAGCAACCAAACUGGCUUUCCUGAACCAACCAGCCGGCAUGAUGUUUACUGUUUCAGGGGUGAGUUUUAUUGCAUGCAAACUAAAACUUUAUAAGCUUUUAUUCGCACCAUAAACGUCUGUAUUUAUUAAACACUCACAGAAAUCUAUCCUUGCUUUGCAUUUGAUCUUUGUCUACAUAAUUUGGUUUCAACAAGUCAAAUGCAUGUAAUCUAAUAUUCAAUCACUCAUCUAUUCUCUGCAGAAAAUGGAAAUGCCUACACAGAAUCUCCCCGAGACUACGCAGCCACAGAGUCUGAGGACAUUGAACAAGAUGUAGUUAUUCUGAUGGAAACACAUCAAGAGCUCAAACUAAACCACCAUGCUGAACAGGUGGAGCUGAAAGCACAAGGUGUCCUUGAAUCUUCUCCCUUCACCUCCAACUCCACCCUGGAAAACCUCGUGAACACAAACCCAACAGUUAUCUCAGAAACAACAGAGUCUCCCUUUAACCCAACACCUACAGUGGACCUCCUAGAGGGAUUUAAUGAAACUGUUUCCCCUACAGAAAUGAGUUACGACUCCCAACAUCCUACAGCUCUGAUGAACAUUACUAUCAACACAGCAGAAACCUAUGAUUCCCCACAAAACACAUCAUUACCGCCCAAUGUUUACAAUGAGACUGAGUCUCAGGAAAACUUGAGCUUUACUUUCAACCAGACUGGGUCUGAAAACACAACAGAGUUUCCUGAAUUAUCACACAAUACACAAAACCAGACAGUACUAGACACAAGUCAAGAAGAGAGCACACAGCAGUCUGAAAGACAGCUAGAAACACAAACAGCCUUUAACUUGAAUUUUGACAGAUCAGAGUCCAAUCACAGUGAAAGUGGCAGUAAUCAGACUGAAGAAUUGAGUAUUUGGCAGGUGAAUCUCAUGACCCUUGAGAAGGAGAUGGAGGAGGCAGCAGGUAAAAAUCAAGUGCAGAUUUCUCUUUCAACUCAGGCUUCAAGAGGAGAGGAAGAAGUCGUCACACAACCAGCACAAACUACAGAAUCGUCCAUUCAGGACUUAACCUCUAUGUGGUCAAAUCUGGAUGGGUCUGGAGACGUUUCUCAAGGUAUGGAAAACAUUUAUGAAAGUACGUUGGUUAAAAAUAACAAGAAAUUAACUUUUUGAAUGUUCCCUUCCAUGGAUGUAUUCAUAGCCUUAAAAAUACUUUUAUUUCAAUUUCAUUUUCAUCUCUUUUCUAGAGAGGGACACAGAUGAAGCAGUGAGCUUGAGCUCUACAUCAGAGCCUACCUCAGCCAGCUCUGCCUUUAACCUGACCACAUCUGCUUCUGAUAACGACACGACUUCAGAGCCUGUUACCACACCAUUUCCUGAAUUGACUGCCUCUUCUGGGUCACGGCUUUCAGAAAAACUGGACUUGGAUAUCCUCUCCACGGUGUCACAGCUCUGGGAGUCCACCAUCUCCAAACAGGAGGGAAGUACAAGCUUAGAAAUUGAGGACACAGUAACUCUGGAAAGUGAAGACAAAGUGCCGCAGCCCACAAAUUAUGAAGGCAUCAUCCACUCUGGAGUAAGCUUUGCUACUACUGAGGCCCCAGAGAGCUCAAACACAUCUCAGUUCCCCACUGAUCCAACCACAGCACGGUAUCAAACAUCAGAAUACAGAAAAUAUUUGGAUGCUGCUACUACUGGGUAUGAAGAGGCGAGUGGACAUGAACCUGAAACAAUCACUGUAAUUCUCGGUGAAGAUAUUAAAACUGCAGAAGGUCCAAAUCUUGGAGAGGAAAUCAAAUUUUCCCCAACUGUUGAAGAGAAAUCUGAAGACGAAAACAGCACCUCAGUGCACACAAAUGAAACCAGCAUUGUACCAACUCAUGAAGAAGGCGUAGUCACUCCAACCCUAGCUGUGGGAGAAGAAGCAAACACUGCCCCAACCAGCGGAGAAGAAUAUACUGUUACCACAAACUUGGAUGAAGAAGCAAAUGUUACCCAAACUCCUGAAAAAGAGGAUAACAUCGCCCCAGAGUUUGAUGAAGAAGCUAAUGUUACCCCAAAUCCUGAAGAGGGUGCUACUAUAGCUACAACUGAAGGAGUAGAUUACACUUUGUCCAGUCUUGCACCUGAGGAAGAAGAAGGAGGAGAAGAAGUUAGCGUUACCCCAACUCUUGAAGAAGGCAGCCUUUCCAAAAACUUUGAAGAAGUUAAUGUUACCCUGACUCCUGAAGAAGAAGCAGAAGAAGCGAAUAUUACCCCAACUCCUGAAGAAGAGGGUAGCAGUGCCCCAACAGUUGAAGAGGACUUUACCGUCAUCCCUCUUGAGUCGCAAACAUCUAACUGGGCUAUGCUGACCACCACAACUAGACCCCAAGAGUCUCUGGAGGAUCUGGAGUACAGCAGUGAAAUGUCACCCUCAACUUCCACAAAAACUCCAUCUCUGAGCACAAAACCGGCUUCUGCUACAGUGAAGACAACCACUCCCCCCAUCAAGACCACCACACACUGGUCCAGACGCUUCUGGAGCCCGACCACCUCAAGAGCGAGCGUUCUCCGGAAGACAACAGAGCCCCCGGUGGUGACAACCUUCAUGCCACCAGUGGAUCAAGGUCUGGUGGACGUUGAGUUUAGUCUCACCCAGCCGCCCACCCUGCUUAUAUUGCCCAAUGAGAGGGCAGCUGUAGGCGGCACGGGGAAAGCUUCAGGUAAUGUUAAAGCCACUUUCAUCAGCCUAACCGUCCUCCUCCUGCUACUUGAUGCGACAAUGCACUAAAACCCCCCUGGUCUGUCUUCUGCCCCCAACCUGCCUCUGCUCCAUUUUCUAUAAAACACCUCCCCUCCUUUUCAAACGACUUCCCAAGUUUGUUUCACUUUGUUGUCUCAGAAAGCCCACUCACCCCUCUGACUCCUCCCGCUUCACCUUCCUCACUUCUCUCCUUGUGACUCCACCUCCCCUUCGAGAUACUCACACUGGGACAGCUCCCAUUUGACAUUUGUCUACAGCAUGUUGUUUUUCCUCAUCACAAGAUUGACUUCUGUGAAGUACUGUUAUAUACUGAGACGUUUAUGAAUGAGUGUUUCAGUGCGUGUUUUUACGAAGGUUGGUUUGGUAAAUCUUUUAUCAAUAUUUCAAGUGCAUUCUGUCUGAGAUGAUACAGCUCUGGAAAGAAGUUAUCGUAGUUAAAGAUGAUAUUGGUUUGAUUAAAGGGAUAUUCCGGCAUAAAAUUAAUUUAUGGUCAAACACACCGGAACACCGAGUUAGACACCCCCUCGAGAGAGAUGUAUGUUGCCGACAGCUUGCUUCUCUAGUUAUACCAACUUCAGUAACGACCACAGGAUAUCAAUACAGAGAGCCACGCACUCAACCAAAACGCCACUCUAUAUCCACAAAUAAUGCUCAGAACAGCAGCUAACUUCAUCAACAGUACAUAUAGGGUCCUAGCCAUAGUACUAGCCACCAAACAUCUUUUUAGCUUUGCCUGAUUUCUGCAAAGAGACUAAACAAAACUCACCUACUCUCUUCCAGCAGCUGCUUGUUUGUAGCUAGAGCUUGGGCCAGGCCAUUACAGACUGCUGCGGGGUGACGCAGCUCAAGGAAGAACAUUUAUGACCAUUACUUUAUCAUUUCCUUGAAGCAAAAAUCAUAAUAUUAAUCAUUUUGUACUGCAGACGCGGUAGUUCUUCAACUUUAGCGUCUCGGUCUGAUUGCAUUUCCAUGAGUAAUGAUCAUAAAUGUUCUUCCUUGAGCUGUGUCACCCCGCUGUCGUCCGUAAUGGACUCAUCUGAGGUCUCGCUACAAACAAGCGGCUGCUGGAAGAGAGUAGGUGAGUUGUGUUUAGUCUCUUUACGAAAAUAAUUGGGCAAAGCUAAAAAGAUGUUUGGUGGCUAGUACUAUGGCUGGGAUCCAAUAUGUACUGUUGAUGAAGUUAGGUGCUGUUCUGAGUAUUAUUUGUGGCUAUAGAGUGGCGUUUUGGUUGAGUGCGCGGCUCUCUGUAUUGCUAUCGUGUGGUAGUUACUAAAGUUGGUAUAACUAGAGAAGCAAGGAGUCAGCAACAUUUAUCUCUCGACAGAGUUUCUAAUUCUGUGUUACGGUGUGUUUGACCCUAAAUUAAUUUUAUGCCGGAAUAUCCUUUUAAAUGAUGGCACACAAGAGGGAGUGUUGAUGUACUGAGUGUCAACACUGCUAUAAGAUUCAGUCACAUGUAAAAUCAUAGUGUGCUGAUAUUUAGUACAACAGCACAGCCUCAGGUGUGUUAUUGCUUUUAUACAACAGGUGAAGAAGCAACUCAUUACAGUCAAAGUACGAAGCAACAACAGAUUACUAUUUUUGUUUAUCUUUUGUUUCAACCUGCUUCCACCGACACAUUCAGAUCCUCACUAAGUGGACUGUUUUGAACGCCAUCACAGAUCAGCUACUUUGUUAUUGUGCAGCCAGUGAAAUGAGACUCUGUUUUAGAGUUAUAUGUGACUGAUUAAUCCAGACUAAGAUCUCUUGCUGUAAUGUUAAUCCACAGUAUUAAAAAUACCGGUCUGGGGCGGAGUGAUUCUUUACGUUUAAACGUAAAGUACUGCUGUACUUAAAAUCCUCCCUCUUGUCCAAUCAGAUUACUUACUGUUGCUGUUAUAAACCUAAAACUGUCAGGCUAGCAGGUGCAGAAGCUUCCAUAACCACUUUAGACUGAAGCACAGGAUGUUUUAUGUUCAUAAGCACAAAUAUUGUUCAGUGUUGAAUUGUUGUUUUAUGGAAACAUUUAAAAAAUCACUUUUUAAAUGUUCUUCGUGGGUCAUAAAUGUUUCAUACUCAGUCAUGGUCUUUUGUUUUAAUGAUGAUCCUGCAACAUUUGUACAGUUUUGUGUUACAGGUGAAUGAUAAAAUCAACUAAUCUAUUAUUGUGGCUUCUCGGACCAUCGGUUAAUCGCCUGAUGUUUUUCUUACUGGCGGUCUGAAAUGUUUUAGUUUAGCUAAAGUAAUGGCAGCUACAGAAAGAUGAAAGUUACUUAGAGACAUGGUUAUUCAUCAUGACUGUUUCAGAGGUUUUUGUGCAUUAAAAUUCCAGCUUUACUGUUUAGUAGAAGAAACUGGCUUGGCGUCAAUAUGAGUAUCAUUACUGCAAACACCACAUCAAAAACAAAGAAAACACAUGAUUCCCCUUUUAGUAUCUUCUUUCUCCUUUACAAAGCACACACAGAAACACAAUGCUGAACAUACACUUAAUCUCAGUUUGAAGACAUGGGCCGGGCCUGUGUUUAGUGAGCCGCAUGGUUUAUGUAGUCGUCUGCUCACAGUGAUAAAGGAAUGGAGGAUCAGCAGUUUAUAGAUUAAAAAACAUCAAAUAACUGAUGGUCAUUAUCUCAUCCAGACAGUUUGCUGUUAAGUCCUUUUCACCACACAACACAACACAAAGGAGGGGCUGAAACUGAUGCAGUUUUGUUGUUGUGCAAACUUUAAUCAAGGGUUAAAAAAUGAUGUUUUACUGCAGAGAAGAGGAUUAUUAGUCAAACCAUCACUGCGAUCUUUAUUGUUUAAUUCCUUGUCUUUCUUUUGUGAAACAUGUGUUACCUUCUAAACACGCAACCUGACCCAAAAACGAGAGGUGCGUAUGUAAGAGUGUAGUGUAAUGACACACUCCGCAGAGAGCUUGUUUAUGGAGUGUCAAAGAGAAAAAAUACACCAAAUCACCUUGUAAAUGUUUAAUUUUAGCGUAGACACAUAUAUCUCAUUUUUGUUUAAAUACAGCUGGAACUCCAACCUCUGAUUUACCUUAAAAAUAAAGACUAACAAACAACACAAACAGAGAGUCAGAGACACAACAUUCAGUUUUUUUGAAUUAAUUUCAAAUGUUUUUGAGUUUCCUUGAAUGCAGCAAUCCGGCUCUUUAAAUACAACUUUCACAGCCAUUUUUCUGACAUAAUGCAGCAGAGUAAACAUGAACAUGUAGCUCCAGACUUCUGGAUCAAAGAUGCAGAGAGAGAAAAGAAAUCUGAGUGUGACAUGAGCAUAAAAAAAACGAAAAUCUCAAUUAUUGGCAAGUGGGAGAGGAAGAGGAAGAAGACCAGCCAGCCAGCAGGAAUAAAAGUGGUAUAACUGCACAAAGGAGAAGACAGAAGAGGCGCUUUGGAGUCUGACCACCGUCUUUUGUCCUCUGCAGCCCUCUGCUGGUUGAUGCACAGUUUGCAGCUUUCACGUGUCUGUUUCUCUGGGGAUUUUUCCUGUAGCAUGAGUCUGUGAUUGUCAUUUAUUCACAAUUCUCUUUAGCAGUGUUGUCACAAAGUUGUUUAAAUCACAGGUAAACAAGCCUGGUUGUGCUCAGAAAUACUCGCUCACUGAAAUAUGAGCAAAACAGUAACUUUCAAUGUAAAUCCUAACACACCUGAUUCCCUCUGGGUUAUACACAGAUUGUCCCCUCUUGUGUAGUUUGACCAGCAGAAUAAUCUGAAUUUGCUCUUGGUUUUAUUUCAGAUAUGUGUUUGGGCGACCCUUGUCUCAAUGGAGGAACCUGCACAGAGCAGGGUGGACAGAUUAAGUGUCUCUGUUUGCCAACAUACGGAGGAAACUUCUGUCAGCUUGGUAAGCUACCUGUCUUUUUAUCUGUUUUUUUAUAGAGCUUGUAAAGCAGGUUGCAUUCAGGUGAAGUGACAAAGUAAGGCCUGUCAUCCCCUCUGUGAUGUUUUACAGAUAUGGAGCGGUGUGAGCCCGGCUGGGAUAAGUUCCAUGGUUUCUGCUACCGACAUUUCAGCCAGCGUAUGAGCUGGGAGGUGGCAGAGCAGCACUGUCGCACGCAGGGAGCUCACCUGGUGUCCAUCAUGACCCCUGAGGAGCAGAGUUACAUCAACAGUGGGUUCAGACCACUAUAACUUACCCUAUAUUUCUGAUUUAUUUUUUUUAAAGCUCAUGAUCCUUUACCUUACUCCAAUUUUCUCACAAGGUAACUACAAAGAAUACCAGUGGACCGGUUUGAAUGAUAAAACCAUUGAAGAUGAUUUCCGGUGGUCUGAUGGGAACCCAUUGGUGAGGACGAUGAGAAAGCAAGAGUCUGACUUAGACUAUAAUAUAUUCAUUAAAAAAAAUCCACUUAAUAUUUGUUGAUAUUAAGAGGACCCUGAUGAGAAAAAAGAUUAAACCCAAAAACUUUUAUUAAUGAGAGAUGAAAUUGACUUUGAGGGGGAAUCAAACUCACUGGACAGCCCAAGUUUAGUGAACGACUCAUGGCUUUAGAAAAGUAAUCAGCCAAAGAAACAAAUGAAAUGGAUAGAAAAUUAAUAAAUAAAUGAGGUAUUAUUGAUUUUCUGAGUUGCAGACUGCAAAAAACAAGAUCUUUCACCCCGGUGGCAAACAAUGAAUUCAGUUUUGCUUGCAUCGAGUUCCAGUUUAAGACUAACGUGUAUUCUGGGGCAUUAUAACAAAACUGUGAUUUCUCAACAGAACGCUGCACAGUGUCAGCAGAAAGACACACCAGUGAUGUCUGCAUUAAGAUGAAUAUUACCAUUAGCAAAAGAGGACAUGAAUAUUAUUAUUUUCUGACAUACAAAUACCUCAAACUCUCUCCUCCUCUUGCAUUCAGCUGUAUGAGAACUGGUACAGAGGGCAGCCAGACAGCUAUUUCCUCUCUGGUGAGGACUGUGUAGUGAUGGUAUGGCACGAUGAUGGACGCUGGAGUGAUGUACCCUGCAACUAUCACCUCGCAUACACCUGCAAGAAAGGCACCUGUGAGUAAUCAUUAAAAAAAUUGGUAAUUUCAACUCCUUGCUACAUUGCUAACUUCUUGAAUGAGCUAAAAUAUGAAAUCUUUUCCAACAGCCUCAUGCGGUCCACCACCGAAGGUCAGGAACACCUCGACAUUUGGAAAAGUUAAACAGAGAUACGAGACAAACGCAGUCGUGCGCUAUCAUUGCGCCAAGGGCUUCCAACAGAGACUAAAUCCUGUGAUCAGGUGUUUGUCUUCAGGCAAGUGGGAGAGACCUCAGAUCCUCUGCAUCCCCGGUGAGUGAAGUCAUCUUGCAGCACUCUGUAUUUAACAUUCAUCAAGUCCUGAUGCACCUUAUUCCUCUGUGACAUUGAGCUGUAUUUGUAAUUGUUUUCAAUGCUGUUAACCUAAUGUAGUGUGUUUAAUUAUGUCACCAUGACUACCUAACAAACUCAUGGUUGGCCUUUUUAGACGAAUGCUGACACAGAGGAAAAAAUAAAGCCUCAAUCCUUUACUGCACUCUCACAUCAUUUUUUUCCCUGACCUUUCAGAGGCUGGGGAACCGACAGCGUACCCCGAGGUGACAUCUCAGUCCAGCAUAGAGUCUGCUGCAGUUGAAGACCAGCGUGAAGCCGUCAAAGAAACACCUCAGUACUGGGAUAUCAGGUUCUAA